UUUCACAUCCGAUCUAAAGGACUUACUCGAUGACGACGACGACGACGAUUGUGGCUAUCAAGUCGUCUCUUCCCCCAUAUUCGUCCCUCUUCCCGAUUCCGUACAUGGAACACAGUCGUCUCCGUCGUUCGAGGUCCCCGUCGCUCAUCUAUACCUAUCCGGAGCUCAGGAACGCUUGAAGGGGAAGGGUCAUCAUUCGCUGGUUUACGAGGCUGAAUGGGAAUUACCGCGCACUUUGCUCCAGUGCAUAUCGAACCCUGGAAGAGACGGUCAAUUCGCGCCGUGGGAAGCAGGAUUGAGAAGGGAGGAUAUAUGUUGGCCGUGUGUGCGCGACGCGUUGAAAGUCCGGUUGGAUGAAACCAACGACUCGUCGGGCGAUCCCUCUGACUACCGAGCAAUGCGCACCAUCACCCUUCAUCCCUCCCAAUGGACCUCGAUUCUCUCAUUCCCACACUCGUGCUCUCAUCCGUCAGCCUCUCCUCCCGUGCUCCAUCCCUCCACCGCCUCCGUCCGCAUUACCGCUAAACUAUCGUUCGAGAACGAUCGACAUCUGGUCAGAGAAGCGGCGAAUUAUCAGAGGUUCGACGAGAGCUUGUUUGAGCGGUGGAGUGGGUUGCAGAUAGUGCCGCCCUUGAAGGAUCCGACGCCGUGUGGGGCGGUGGUGCCGCAGUUCUAUGGGUUCUAUAGGCCGGAUGUGGACGAGACGGACGACGAAGAUGAGAGGAUGGAUGUGGACGAGGUUGGUCGGGCUGGUGAGAAAGAAAAGAAGAAGAAGUGGUAUCAGAGCAAUAUCUUGUUGUUGGAGGACUGCGGGGAGCCGAUCAAUGUCGACGAGUUGGAUAUCGAUGAUCGUCAAGAAUGCGCUGCCCUCGUCUUCCGCCUGCAUCACAACCGCUGGACACACAAUUCCUUUUACGCCCGCAACAUCCUCGUCCAACACGGCGACGUUUCGCACUCUGACCACACCGAAGAUCCCUCCAUCCCGUCCUCUAACCGUCGUUUCCGAUUAUCGACUUCAGCCGCGCGAUCCAGUACGGAGAUGACGGUCAUGCUCUUUUCAAAGACCCAGACCGAGAAGCUCGGGCCCAGCAGCGAAGAAUCGAGCGGGAGAAGGAGUUGCAGGCAAAGAGAGCCAUUGUGA